UCUGACCUGCCCGACACUAGCGAGACGGGUCAGACGGGUACGAACCGUUGCUCUGGUGCGAACUCUGACACGUCCAUGUGUCAGACGCUCCUCCUCAACUCUGCAGAGGACUUCUGUCUUUGGGGACCUCCUACCGCAGGUCAAGAAGUGUCGGUGACUGAGGAGGUCGAAGUAGCCUGGUGCACCAAGGACCACGGUGCUCGUCAGAUUCCCGAUGGAGCGCUUCACUCUGUACACUUUGUCAGUACACCCGCCUACCUGCAGGUCACAGGUACGGGAGAUCUGACCAAGCUCAACAUCAAGAAGGGUGACGAGGGUGGUGAGCUGGAUCCUCACGGUGCAACGGGCAACGGAAACCCUAUCGGUGGUCUGGUCUACACUACUGCUUGGAGUACCAAGGGUGCACACGAGCAAAUCAACGAGUGGAUGAUGGAAAUCUCUGCCACUUCCUACUGUUUCCGUGGAUGCAAAGGUACAGAUUACAUUUCUCAAAUGCUCUGUACUCACAUUUACGAUGAGAUGGGAUGCGAUUUCAUCAUGCCUGCUUCGUACGAGAAGGACGUCUUUGAGAGCUGCGAAGGCGAUGUCGCCAUCGCACCUGGAAUCAUCUCCACCUGGACCUUCACAGAGGGAGACCCUGUCACGCCCUCUGCCCGUAGCAAGCCAUCGUCGUCCAACUGUGCUACCGUGAGCUCA